UUUCAGUUCAAAGCACGUACACGUUCUGGGGAUACUAUUUGACUGGAUCAUUUUCUCUUUUUACCUAAACAAUUUACAGCAAAUCAUCAGCUGUUGCUCGAGUGUGGAGACGCCUGCAAACAAGACAAGGUUAUUAUACCAUUUUUCAGAAAGACAUAUGCAUAAAGACAUUAUUUCUCCAAACGGCGUUGUGCAGUUGACAGCCUCUUUGCAGGAGCAAAGAGCGUCUACUGUUACUUUUUCUCCACUUUUGGACAUUUGAAAGACUUUGGCCGUACUUUCAUAUUUCGUGCGUAAUUGUUAGACAACAUUUUUCGUAUGAAUCUACUCGACCCCUUCCUGAAAAUGACAGACGAACAAGACAAAUGUCUCUCAGACGCACCGAGUCCGAGCAUGUCAGAGGACUCUGUGGGAUCUCCGUGCCCGUCCGGGUCUGGCUCCGACACCGAGAACACCAGACCGUCAGAGAACGGACUGCUGAUGGGUCCGGACGGUCCCCUCGUCGAGUUCAAGAAAGACGACGAUGACAAAUUCCCCGUAUGCAUCCGCGACGCGGUGUCCCAGGUCCUGAAGGGCUACGACUGGACCCUGGUGCCAAUGCCAGUCCGAAUGAACGGAUCUAGUAAGAACAAGCCCCACGUCAAGAGACCGAUGAACGCGUUUAUGGUUUGGGCGCAAGCCGCCCGGAGAAAGCUGGCUGAUCAGUACCCGCAUCUCCAUAACGCUGAGCUGAGCAAAACUCUGGGGAAACUGUGGAGGCUACUCAAUGAGGGUGAGAAGCGUCCGUUCGUGGAGGAGGCAGAGCGAUUGAGGGUACAGCACAAGAAAGACCACCCUGACUACAAGUACCAGCCCCGGCGGAGGAAGUCCAUGAAGAACGGACAAAGCGAGUCUGAUGACGGCAGCGAACAGACGCACAUAUCGCCAGGCGCGAUCUUCAAGGUGCUCCAGCAAGCUGACUCUCCAGCCUCUAGCAUGGGAGAGAUGCACUCCCCCGGAGAACACUCCGGCCAGUCCCAAGGGCCCCCCACCCCUCCUACCACCCCUCCUACCAAGACGGACAUCCAGGUGGGCAAGGUGGACCUGAAGCGGGAGGGCCGCCCCUUACAUGAAGGCACGGGUCGCCAGCUCAACAUCGACUUCCGGGACGUGGACAUCGGCGAGCUGAGUAGCGACGUCAUCUCCCACAUCGAGACCUUCGAUGUCAACGAGUUUGAUCAGUACCUGCCUCCCAACGGUCACCCGGGUGCUCCUGGCGCUGCCACUGGCCAAGUCUCCUACACCGGUACCUACGGCAUCAGCAGCUCUGUGGUCAGCCAGGCAGCAGGGGGUGCCACAGGGCACAGCUGGAUGACCAAGAGCCAGCAGCAGCAGCAGCAGCAGCACUCCCUGACCACGCUGGGUAGUGGAGGGGAGCAGAGCCAGAACCAGAGGACCCCCACACACAUCAAGACAGAGCAGCUGAGCCCCASCCACUACAACGAUCAGCAGARCUCCUCCCCYCCRCAGCACGUCAMYUACGGCUCCUUCAACCUGCARCACUWCAGCUCKUCCKCCUACCCCUCCAUCACCCGSGSCCAGUAUGACUUUUCUGACCACCAGGGCGGCACCAACUCCUACUACAGCCACGCAGCCGGGGGCCAGGGCUCAGGGCUCUACUCCUUCAGCAGCUACAUGAGCCCCAGCCAGAGGCCCAUGUACACCCCCAUCGCAGACACAACCGGGGUGCCCUCCGUACCCCAGACCCACAGUCCUCAGCAUCACUGGGACCAGCAGCCAGUGUACACACAGCUCUCCCGGCCCUGAGGACACCAUCAUCUACACGAACACACACUUACAUAGACUGAUAGGCACGUCCAUCUUGCAGAGGGAGACUUUGUCACAACAUUCCACCAUUAGUUCCCAGGAAACAGACACUUGAAUUUCCAACAGAGGAAGAACACAACAGAGUAGGUGAAGGAGAGCUGGACUUGUAGGAACUGAAACUAGAUCAGAAUAGCUCACAACAGGCCUUUUAAAUUUGUUUUGAAGAAAUAUAUUUUUUAGCAAGAACAGAAAAAAAGCAUUGAGAAAUCCUCUGUGAGGACUUAAUAAACU